AUCAGGCAGUCGAAUGGAGAGGAGGUGCAUUUUACGCUCUGUUCCUUCCUCCCACUACAGGCAAAGACUUUGGCAUUACGUGUCUCAAUUUCACGAGAAAUUGCUCAUCCUUCUGGGCGUAAAAGACAUGUUAACAAUUGAGAUUUACGCCAUUUUACGUUAACCGAGUUCGAAUAAUAUUUAGACAAUAAAAAGUUGAGUUCUACACAAGUAUUUAUUUGCAGUGUGAUUGUGAAGUUGUAUUAAAGAAGGAAUAUUCCGGAGACACGACUGGAGGAGAGUCAAAUUGAGAAUAAAAGUAUUCUCUAAUCACACAACAUUACCAAUAAUCAACACCAAACCAACAAUUUACGAAGGAAAACAGGAAAACUGACGAAACAUGAGAUGAAAACUUAACUCGGCGAAGAACAACAAACAAUUCUCUUCGUACGCCACCUCACUUGACUGGCCCAUCACAUCGUGUCUAACAUCAUCCAAAAAAUAUGUAAAGAUUGUGCUAAUGAAAAUAUAAACCUGCUGUAGAAGCAUCAGAUAUGACUUUUGCUUAAAAACUUGCAAGACAUCCUGCAUGCUGCACAACGCCGUGCUGAAUUAAACUCUAAUAAUAUCAGAGUUGAAUUUAUCGUCGUCUAAUAAAACUCGCCAAACAUUUCGUAAAAUAAGAAGUUCGUCUCCAUAACUUUGUGUAUCAUUCAACGUCGUGUCGUGAUUCUCCAUUUUGUUUUCUCAUCAGACAUCAAGAUAAAAACCUCCAGAUCCUAAACUAUAAGUGGUUAAUACUCAUCUCGUUAAUAAUGACAUGACUCGCAAAAGUUGAUGGUUUUUGUCAACGUGCCAUGAUUGACAACUCGUAAGACCAUAAACUCUAAUCAUGAUCUUGUUUCUUUAAUUGUGGGUUGUAAUUUUAAAUUCGUUGCUUGUCUGUCUGGACAAAUUGGGCAGUAAAUAAAUGAAUUCAGUCAGUAAAGCAUUUUUCCAUUCAUAAACUGUUGAUAGCAACCGGCACGAAAAGUUUUGCACGUUUUUCCAGUCAGUGUGAUAUAUCUGACAAUUGUUGUUUCUCUAAUAUUUCUCCAAUCUUCAUGUAUCUAGCAACAUUGUCUUAAAGUUUACAGCAAGCGAUUUACAACGUGUGCUUGGUGAAGAAGUCCUUUGUGCGAGGCCCGAUACACAUUAUUAUAACGACUGACGACUCUAAGAGCUUACUCGCACUUGAAAAUUUAUUUGCCAAGAAAACCAAAGAAUCCACGAUUCUGCUGUCAAGUCUCUCUCUCUUCUCAUACAACAAGAAGACGAAUCAUUCUUAAUCAUACGUUGCUUUGGGCAUAAAUUAAAUUAUGUAGCAAGUGAAUGAAGAGGAAGAGGAGAAGAAACGUACAAACAAUCGCCAAUUCUUCCUCCUGAGUGAGAUCCUGUGUUCACAAAACUUUUUCUCGGACCUCUCCCACCACAGGACAAGCCACGAUUUUUAUUUUAUUUUAUUUUUGGGGUGCCUAUUUGGCCAACAAAGUAUCAAUCUAUAAAUUUACAAAUGUGACGCUUACUCCAUGUCGCUCAGAUCAUCUGCAACUCGGUCCUUUCUUGGGAAGGACAGUUUCUUAACAAAGUAAAGUGACAUUAAUGUCAGGACGCAACUGCGCGGAGCAGUAAGUCACAAAGUUCGGGUUAUAAUAAUAACAGGACAGUAAAUUGGAGAUUGGGAUAAAGAUACCCGUUUGAAAUUAAGAAAACGAUUUCACAACGACUUUUCUAGUAAGUAAGUAGUUUUAGGAAAUGUAAAAAUUCCGUAAAACGAAUCUUUCCUCAUCUCUUGGAGCUACCUUUUAGGAGAGAGAAUCGAAGCUGUCAAAAGGGAGGUUGGCUGGGACAAUAGGAUGGGAAGAAGUGUGAGAGUUUGAAGAAUGCAGAGUGGGAAUGAAAGGGAGUGUUUUAUUGUGAGUUAUUUGUUGUCCACGAAAAAGAAGAAGACUUGGACGAUGGGGAUGAGAAUGGGUGGUGGAGUGCUCUUUUUGCCGUUGGUGAUGAUGGUGCUGCUUCUUCAUUGCGUAAGUGACCAAGAAGUGCUGGGCUUCAACCUUGAACCGAAGUUACCUGUCAUUAAGCGAGGUGAGCCUUCCUCUUACUUUGGCUUCUCAGUCGCCCAACAUCUCGCAUCGGGAAACGUGCCAUGGAUACUCGUUGGUGCACCUUUAGGCCAAAAUCUGCAGCAGGGUACCAACCGUUCCGGAGCAUUGUUCAAAUGUCCACUGUCCGGAUAUGAGGAGGACUGCGAACAAGUAGUCACUGAUGGGAAACGAGAUCCUACCAACGGGUAUUAUGAACCGCAGGUCGACUCAUCGGAUUUGUCACCCCCGUUGGACGAUGAACUGAAGGAUGGCCAAUGGCUCGGUGUAAAUGUCCGGAGUCAAGGGGGCAAAGGAAAGGUUGUGGUUUGUGCACAUCGGUAUGUUCACCAAGGCCGAGAUUUCCGAUGGGGACUAGGUCUGUGUCAUUUCCUCACCAAAGAUCUCGAGUAUGAUCAAACAUUGGAGCCCUGCCGGAACAAGCAGAGAAGGGCAUUGGAGGACUACGGUUUCUGUCAAGCUGGUACUUCCGCCGACCUAUUGGAGGACGAUACCGCGUUAUUGGGGGCCCCAGGUGCUUUCACGUGUCGUGGAAUGGUCUACGGCAUAUCCGUGUCGGACGACUACCUCAACAAGGACCGGAAUCAUUACCACACGCCCGUCAUGGACAACAGCACGGUGGACAAGUACAGCUAUUUGGGGAUGUCCGUGGCUGGGGCCCACUUUUUUGGAAACAACUGGACCUACGUUGCAGGGGCCCCGAAAGCAGCCAUGGGAUCGGGUCAAGUCAUCUUCUUCACAAAGAGCACUGAUUCGCACAUGCUGAAAGUGGAGGCUGAACUGACCGGGGAGGGUUUCGCAUUCAGUUAUGGGAAUUCUUUAGCCGUUCUGGAUGUCAAUGGGGAUGGGAAACCGGAUUUGGUGGUCGGAGCCCCAUUUUAUGUGGACGAAAAAGACUCUGGAGGAGCGGCUUACGUGUACCUCAACAAUCACGGAUUCCGUAAAAACCACCCCUACGUGCGUCUCUCAGGUCCCAGAGAGUCCCGAUUUGGAAUCGCUCUGUCUACUUCUGGUGAUCUGAAUAAAGAUGGAUUCGAAGACUUGGCUGUCGGUGCCCCCUAUGCGGACGAAGGAUAUGGUUCCGUAUACAUCUUUUUGGGGUCCAAGGAUGGAAUCAUUAAGGAUCCAACUCAGAUUAUUAAAGCCUCGGAAUCCUUCCCCCUCGUCCGAACGUUUGGUUACUCUUUAAGUGGCGGAGUUGAUCUUGACCAGAAUUCAUAUCCAGAUCUCCUUGUUGGAGCGUUCGACACAGAUGUCUCCAUUUUGCUCAGAGCCAGACCCAUCAUUGACAUUUACACCGAAGUUUUGGGAAAUUUGACCAAUAUUGACCCAAAUUCGCCUGGUUGCGCCGCAAUGCCUAAUGCUGAUCAACCUUGUUUCGAUCUGAAGGCAUGUUUCGAAAUCCGAGGGGUGACACAAGUGAGGGCUGCCUCCUUCCAAAUCGAAUACAAAAUUGAAGCAGAGACGUUUCUGGAAGGGAAGAAGUUCUCACGCGUCAUUUUCCAACGUGGUAACACCGACCGACCACAAGUUGUCAACCAAACCAUCACCGUGAGACGAAGUGAUGUCACGAAUAGACAUUGUUCUAAUGAGAUUGUCCUCCUCAGGGAAGGGACAAGAGACAUCCAAUCUCCCAUUGCAUUCAAGUUGACGUACACCUUAAUGCAACGAGAGCCCGAGUACCAUCCCAACUCCGGCGUCUUACCGAAUAUCCAAAAUUAUCCUAUACUUAAUCAGCAAGAAGCUUCCAAGAUUAUUUUAGCACAUUUUGAAAAAGACUGCGGAGAAAAUGAUUUGUGUGAAAGUGAUUUGUUUGUCAAAGCCUCAACGGAUUUGGACACGGAUAACGGAGGAAACUAUCUCUUGGUACUGGGAAGAAAUGAAGUCCUCGGUCUCAACAUUUCAAUGGGAAACUUUGGAGAACCUGCAUACGAGGCAAUGCUGUACAUUUCUCACCCAAAAUCUAUGCCUUACAUUGGGUUGAUGGAAGAUCAACAAAAGAAGGGCCUCGGAUGCACCCCGUUUAACGGCAGCUUAGUCAUUUGCACCCUUGGCAAUCCGUACAAACGUCAAGCCACAAAUUUAGGAGACUUUCAAGUUAUGGGGCUAAAAUUUGACGCCAAAAACUUAAAAGACAUUGAAACUAGACUGGAUUUUCAUGUGUGGGCUAAUUCCACAUCAAUUGAGACGGACGAUCAAAACGACGGAGUUCACCUCAUUGUCACUGUAAUUAAAAUGGCAGAGCUUUCAAUUCAAGGGCGUGUUGAACCUGAAAAGUCUUUCUACGGAGGAACUAUUGUGGGCGAGUCAGCCAUCAAGUCCUUUGCUGAGAUAGGCCCCAAAAUCACACAUUACUACGAUAUUUGGAAUGCUGGGCCUUGGAAGGCAUCCGUAUUCAAUGUGGACAUCUGGUGGCCGCAUCAAGUUGAAAAUGGGAAAUCACAAGGAAAGUGGUUAUUAUAUCUUGAGCAACCCCCAGUUCUGGAUGGGGAUGGCCAUUGCGUCCUACCCAGUAACGUCACCAAUGUGCUUCACCUAAGAAAUAAACGGGAAACUGAGACCGUUAUUGCUCCGCAAAAGGAGCGUGAUGUCAACGGAAAGAUCCGAACCUUCGUGGAGAUGAACUGUGUCCGUGGUUCAGCAAAGUGCUUUAAAAUAGAGUGUACUAUUCGAAAUCUGCUACCGUUGGAGUCUGCAGUCAUUAAGAUUCAUUCAAGAUUAUGGAACUCUACGUUGGUGGAGGAUUAUCCAACGGUGGACGAAGUAAGGAUAAGGUCCCGUGCCGUGAUCCGAAUAUCAGACGAAAUCGAAAUCCGGCAGGACCCGGGAAAUGACGUCGCAAUGGCGGUGGCAACAUGUUAUCCUGAUCUCAAGCUGAAGGUGGAACUUGAAGGGAUCGCGUGGUGGAUUUAUGCCGUUUCUAUCCUAGCCGGCAUAAUUCUUCUCUCCCUUAUCGUAUACUGUCUUUAUAGAACAGGAUUUUUCAAAAGAAGACGACCCGUCCCCACCCACACUGCCAGUGUUUCUAGAUCCUAGUAUUAACUCGUUGUUCUAACUAGUUCAUCUUCCUAAAUAAGUAAUUAUUAUUUAAUUUUUUGACUAUCGACAUAUUGACGUAUGAUAAAUAUCGCAUUGUAAAUUUAAUGAUGUAAAAAGUAUAAGUUAUUAUUAAUUAAAUUAUAUAACGUGAUAUGUAAAUAUGUAUAUAUUGCAACAGUGAACUUUAUAAUGAAUACAAUGAGAACCACUGAAAUAAUAUGAAAAACUCA